CUCGCAGCCCGCUUGUCGUGUUUUUGCCCAUCUGGUCAUCGCACCUACCCGCCUGAUUCCCCAACACACCAGCACCCCGCCAUUGGGCCGCUAGCACAAGUCGUUGGCGCUUGUUGGCUGCGUGAGAGCUUGUCCGCAUACCGCUCUUUUGGCCUGGAACCCUGGCGAUCAGUUUGCCGGCACUUGGCUCUUUUUGGUCCUCGCCACCGAUUUUCGAGUGCCGUCUACUUUAUUAACUAUACCCCCCUCCCACUGAUCCCAAGCGUGCGUGCGUGCAUUCACGACGCUUCCGCGGGCUAGGCAACCCACCUUUUUAUUUUUAUUUUUUUUAUCCUUGUGUUAUUUUUCCUCGUGUUUUAUUCCCCUUCCUCUCUGUCGUCAUUUCUUUUAAACCCCCCGAGAACGGUGCCCGCACCGAAGCAGCCUUUCGCCAUGGAGGAACAGCUGAUUGUGCUGCUAGCCAACACCCUCGCCACCGACGACGUGCGGAAGCAGGCCGAGGUCGGGCUCAAGCAGGCCGAGGCGAAUCCCGCCUUCCCGCUGUCGCUGGCAAACAUCGCCGCCCACACGUCGGUCGACGGCGGAGUCCGCAUCGGCGCCCUCCUGACCCUGCGCCGCUUUAUCGCACGGAACUGGACCGAGGACGCAGACGACGAGGAGGACGACUCCCCCCGCGUCCCCGUGCCCGACCACGUCAAGGACCAGCUGCGCCCCAAGCUGCUCGAGCUCGCCAUCAGCGACGAGGACGACACCAAAAUAAAAUCCAGCGUUAGUUACGCCGUGAGCAAGAUCGCAAACGUCGACUUCCCCGAACGAUGGCCCCAGUUGGUCCCGACGCUCCUCAGCGUCAUGCCUAAUGGCACCGACAACCAGCUCCACGGCGCCCUCAAGGUCCUUAGCGAGUUCGUCGAGGAGAACCUGAGCGAGGACCAGUUCUUCUCUAUGGCCAGGGACAUCGUCAGCGCUGUCUACCAGGUCGCCCUCAGUGAGGAGCGCAAAGGCCUCCUGCGCGCCUUUGCCGUCUCGGUGUUCCGGUCGUGCUUCGACCUCCUGGAUAUGGUCAAGGACGAUCACCCGAAAGAAGUCAAGGGCUUCGCCGAGGAGGCGCUCAGCGGCUGGCUGCCCUUCUUCCAGCAGGUCCUGAAGUCGCCCCUGCCCGAGAGCGCGCCGACCCCGGCCGGGGCGCAGCCUGACGCAUGGAACGGGCCGGUUGCGCUCAAGCUGCAGGUCGUCAAGACGCUUCUUAAGAUCAAGGGCGUCUUCCCAUCGCUGCUGCUGCCUCAUAGCAUCACCUUCUUCCAGUUGGUGUGGGAGGAGCUCUCUAGGCUGGAGGCGCCAUACGCAAUACAGUACCUCGAGAGUGACACCCAGGGCCGCCUCCAGAACGCAGACAACAUUCCUUAUACUCUCGACUGGCUCGUGCUCGAGGAGCUGGACUUCCUCAACCACUCCCUGCGUGCGGCCCCGGUCCAGAAGGAGCUCGAGGCCCACAACACCCCCUGGGUCCUUGAUAUGAUCAAGCUGAUCGUCUCCUUUUCGCGCAUCACCAGGGAGGAGGAGGAGCUGUGGGAUAUUGACGUGUCACUGUACCUCGCCGAGGAGGGUUCCAUAACGGCGAACUACACGGCGAGGACCGCGUGCGGUGACUUUCUCAUUAAGCUUGGAGAAUGGCUCGUCCUGCGCUCCGUCGAGGCACUCUUCACAUACACCAAGACGCUGUUCGCAAGCGAGGGCAGCGACUGGCGCACACAGGAGGCAUCACUCUAUCUGUUCACCAUGCUGGCCACGGACCUGCAUGAAUGCGAAAAGGAAAUUCCCGCCGAGGUUGCACAGGGAUAUCUGGAGCUGGUCAAAUUUGCCAUUGGUCGGACCGAGCAGCCGCUCCUCCAGGCCCGUGGCUACCUGGUCGCGGGCACUAUAGCAAAGGGCUUCGCCCCCGCUCUUGUUCUGCUCGACCAGACCGUCGCCGCCAUCACAUCGGACCCCUCAGACCUCGUCAACGUCGCGUGCAUCAAGGCGGUCGAGAACUUUGUCAAGUCUGAAUCGGUUCCGGCCGACCGCCAGGUCCACAUUCUCAAGGCCGUCGAGACGUUCCUCAACGGCAAGGAUCUGCAAGAGCUCGAGGAUGCCGAUGACCUGCUCGUGACCCUGACCGAGUCUCUCCGCGCCGCCAUUGGAAUCAAUCGGAGAGUGGUGUUGGCCCCUGAUGUCAAGUCCCUGGACCUGCUGUUCCUCCUGGCCCAGCACGGCGCUCAGAACUACCAGGUUACGAUGCUGGUGAACGAGGUCUUUGAGGAGAUCGUCCAGUACCUGGCCACCGAUUCGGCCACGUAUGCGACACUGUGCACCCGGGUUCUGCCAACCCUCACGGGCGCCUUCAACUACGCCGACGUAACGCAGAAUGAACCGCUGAUAACACUUGCCGCCGAGCUCGUCGCAGUUCUGCUCCAGUCUGGAGUCGAGCCUCUGCCCGCCGGCAUCGUCGCCCAGCUCCUUCCUAAGCUUAGCAGGAUUCUGAUGGAGUCUACCGAAGGAGAGAUCCUCAGACCAGGAGCUGAAGCGGUGAAGUAUAUGGUUAUGCAUGACCAUCAUCAGGUGUUUGGUUGGCACGACGAGCAGGGCAAGUCUGGCCUGGAAGUCUGCCUAUACAUCAUCGAUCGCCUGCUCGGCCCCUCCAUCGAGGACAACGCCGCGUCCGAGGUCGGCGGUCUGGCGGCCGAGCUUGUCGAGAAGGCGGGCCAGGAGCGCCUUGGCCCCUACCUUCUGAAGCUGCUGCAGGCUGUUGCGACGCGUCUGGCCUCCGCCACGGCCGCUUCCUUCAUCCAGUCUCUAAUCCUCGUCUUCGCGCGUCUCUCGCUCUCUGGCGCCGCCGACGUUGUUCAGUUCCUUAGUGGAAUCGAGAUCGACGGACAGAACGGCCUGCAGGUGGUCAUGAGCAAGUGGUUGGAAAACUCUACCUUCUUCGCCGGCUUCGACGAGAUCAGGCAAAACGUCAUCGCGCUCUCGAAGCUCUAUUCCCUCAACGAUGCCAGAUUAGCACAGUGCACUGUCAAGGGCGACCUGAUUGUCGAUCAGACUAGCGACAAGAUCCUGACGCGGUCCCGAGCCAGGCAACUUCCCGACAAGUAUACGUUUAUCCCGGCGCCGCUCAAGAUUCUCAAGGUUCUCAUCGACGAGCUCCUAUUCGCUUCAGGCAAGCAGGCCGCGGCAAUGGCUGCCGCUGAUGCCGCCAAGAUGGCAGAACUUGACGAGGAUGAGGGUGACGACGGCUGGGAGGACGAGCCCGGCGUGCUGGACCUCAGCCUAGGAACCACCAAGAACGACCUCAUGUCGUACUUUGAGGGCGGCGGCAACCGUGUGCGAGACGACGAGACGCAACAAUACCUGACGGAAUUCUUCCUCCAAGCGGCACGGGAGAACACUGCCGGCUUUACCGAAUGGUACGCGCAGCUUACCGAGGAGGAGAAAGGCAAACUCAACGAGAUCGCGGCGCAAUAGGUUAGCGACCAAGCUCGGGCUCGGGCGCAGAGCAACGCCGGCCCAAGCAUCCACGUUACCCAGCACUGAGGCGCAUCAUGCCGCCCUGCUGGGCGUGUCGGAAUCAAGGCCUCGCAGCUAUGAAUCGGGCCCUCUUGACGCAAGCCCAGCUGAGAGGGGCUACCCCUUGUGGAGUGUGCAUUAUAAUGCCAGCUGCGAGCCUCGCAGCUAGAUUGUUGCUUGAUAAGGCGGGAAGAUGAGAGAUGAUCACGGACAUGGCGGGACAAGCCACCUAGCCUCCGGCCUACCCCAAUAACCUCCCCAGUCACUACCUAGCCAGUGUCGGCUACUCUGCUGGAGGUUGAUAUAUAGAAGAUGGGCCCUGGUUCUGAACAUUGUUGACGUAAAGUCGAAACAUCCCCGAGAUAUCACAUCAAUCAUCCACUCCCCAUCUAACUGUCACCCAGUGGGUAAUACAUGUUACCAGUGUGUACUUCAUUAACCUUUUGGCCCGGUAGGGGGCGUGUAGUCUAUCUGGUUCUUCCGCAUGAUGUUGUCACAGGGGCAGGAAGAGAGACUGGACAAAACUUUUAGCGGGGACAACGCAGCCGACAGGCCGGUGGGUUAAGUAGCGGAUAGGCUAGGGUAACGGUCUUGAUAGCCUGGCUGCUCGGAUUCACAGUGGUUAGCGACGAAGAGGAAAUAAUGGGAAGACCAUAACCAUGAUCUCAUGACUACGACGCGGAAGUCCGAGGCAACGCUUUAUGGUAUUUAUAAUGAGUAAUUGAGCUAUCAGACCGGAUACCUCCGUCCUCACGCCACAUGACAAGGUCGAGAUGGGG